GGGAUGGAGUGACCUGCUCGACGUCCCUGGUCGCCUAGCACUGCUCAGCGGAGCUCUGCACAGCCGCUGCGGGGAAAGGUGCGGAGGCAAGUCCGAGCGCUCGCCGCGGGAGCCGGAGCCAGAGCCGCUAUGGAGCGCGGCCGUCCCGCCAGCAGCCCACGCAGCGCCGAGCCCGCCGCAUCGGCCGCCGCCGCCGGCGACUCGAGCCCGGGACGGACCGGCGCCGGGCAGACAGGCUCCGGCGGGGUCGUCGCGCGCUCCGGGAGUGGCCGACCUGCAGCCGCGAACGCCGCUCGGGAGCGCAGCCGCGUGCAGACCCUGCGGCACGCCUUCCUGGAGCUGCAGCGCACACUGCCGUCAGUGCCGCCCGACACCAAGCUGUCCAAGUUGGACGUGCUGCUGCUGGCCACCACCUACAUCGCCCACCUCACCCGCAGCCUGCAGGAUGACAACGAGGCGCCGGGAGACCCCAGACUGGGCGCCUUGCGAGGCGACGGCUACCUGCACCCAGUUAAGAAGUGGCCCAUGCGAUCGAGAUUGUACAUCGGCGCUACUGGUCAGUUUCUGAAGCAUUCUGACUCCGGAGAAAAGGCGAAUCAGAACAACACGCCAACGGCCUCACAGCCAUAG